AUGUUUCUUCAAGGAAUAAGAAUCCGUGCCUCGCCAGUCAACCGCUGCAUCCCCAGGGAACACACCCACCUAGCAACCCCGAGCCAAGCUGCAGCGUGUCGCUACGCCUUUAAUUCUGGGGUUGGGGCGGGAGGGGCGGUGGAGAAUUUCCGCUCCCCCAUUCUGUCCGCGGCGCCGGUGGCAGCUGUCACCUGUAAGGCGAGCACCGCGAGCGAGCGGGGGAUGGAUCCCAGCGCCCAUUGGACAGAACAUAAAGACAGAAACCUACCCCGAGGGCUGGGGGCCCGGCGGGGCGCUGGCGGUGGGCGCUCGCCACCCCCAGCGCCCUUCGCCCGGAGACACCCUGGCCCGGUGGCGGGGCCCAACUGGGGCCUGCUAAGCCGCUUCAAGCCGCUGCUGGAGGCCGGGGACCCGCGCGGCCGCGCGGCGCGCAGGGACCGCUUCAAGCAGUUCGUCAACGACGUGGCGGUGGUGAAGGAGUUCGACGGCGUCAAGUUCGUGGUGCUGCGGAAGAAGCUACGGCGUCCGGAGGGACCGGAGCCCCUGCCCCCCUGCGCCCUGGGAGCCCCAGCCCCGCCGUCGAAGACCACUGCCGACCCGGCCGGGGAAGAUGCGCCCUCGGGAGCGCCCUCCUCGGCCUCGGCGCAGCGGCUGGGGGGCCUUCUCGGAUCUCUCUCGGCGACCAACGCCUCCUCCAUCCUCAGCUCCACCACCAGUGCGUUUCUGGGUGUCCUGGCCGACGACCUCAUGCUUCAGGACCUGGCCCGCGGCUUGAAGAAGUCGAGCUCCUUCAGCAAGUUCUUGGGUGCCUCGCCCAUGGCCCCGCGGAAGAAGAUAAAGAUUCGGAGUGCCCUGCCAGCCUUCUCGGAUCUCUCUCGGCGACCAACCCCGGGGCCUUUAGCCGGUUUAGUGCCCAGUUUGCCUCCCCCAACCUGACACCCCCGGGACUGCGGCCUGGUCGGUGAACCCGGCCUUCUGCGCUGCAGCCUAAGCCCGCCCAGUUCACGCAGCCGCGUCGCGUUUCCAGCGGGCUCUGCUGCCGGGUUUUACCCAGAGGGGCCUGCGCCUCUGGCUUCUGUCUGAAGCGUGAUCUGUCUCCAGAGACGGCUUUCCAUCUCUCCGUGAGAACCGCCUAUGAAGCACGCCACCAGCCAGGCCUGAACUCUGGAGGAGACCUGAAAUUUAGGGUCAGAGGUUAGGGAACGGCAGCCGACCCAGCCCCUUGAACGUGUUAAGCCCAUGCCUGUGCAUCUCAACUUCCCCAAUUCAGAACUAGUGCAAGGGUCUCUAUGUGUUAGGUGUUGGGUGGCCGUCAGCUUUGAAAUCUGUGGUAGUUUUGUCACUGGAUGCUUUUAUUCUGUUUUUCAAUUGAAAUGAGGUAAAACAACUUUCAUAAUCUUUCAAAAUUAUAUUUUUAGACAAAGUGCUCAGACAUUUUCAGUCUUUUGCUAAAUAUUUUGAAAUUCUACUUUUAAAAAUAUAGAUGAUCAAGAUCUAAAGAAAAUUAACCCCAGUCAAACUCGGAAAAGUGUAUCUACCUCAUUUUAGAUGAUCAAGACUCUUGAACACAGAAGAGAGUCUUGAACACGGAAUUACAGUUGUGACCGUUAUGAAUGUCACUCAUUUCAGGUGUACUGUGAAUGCUAACUAUUUGAAAACAAGUGCAUCGUGGGAGUAAAGGUGAUUUUACAGAAAGAAGAGACAUUUUGGCAAAUUCUUUUAAUUUGUGGCUGUCUUCAUAGUGCAAUAUAAGCAUGUGUUUGGCACCGGGGGGGUGGCUCUUGAUUUGGCAUGGAUAUUUCAUUGUUUUAAGUUGUGAUUUGUGAAUUGUACCUUUAUGCCAUGUUUCUGAAUCUGGUUUUCAAAUCCAGCUGAGCCUUUCAGUGCAAUAGGUGACUAUUCAAAAAAAAAAAAAGUCACAGCAUUGUAUCAGGAAAAUAACGGAUUAAAUAGAAAUGGGUAUAAUUAAGGAGUAACUAUUAUAUAUUAAAGUUUUGGACAAACAAAAUGUAUGCGAUAACCAUUUUGGGCACACGUGCGCACAUGCUGUUUUUUAGACAGGAUCUCACUGUGUCAUGAUCUUCCUGCCUCAGCCUUCCAGGUAGCUGGGAUUAUAGGUGCAAGCCACUGCACCAGACUUUUAAAGUAGGCCAGGAAUCAAACCCACGCUUCUCAUGGGGCUUCAGCCUACUGAUUAGCUGUGACUGGGCCAGUGUUACCAUUAAAAAAAAAAAAAAAAAA